AUGGACAAAGAAUUUAAGCCGCUGGAGCCCCAGCAACCUUUUGGCAGUUUUGUCUACAAAAAAGUUGGCAAUACGACCAUAAGUCUCGAUGUUUUCCUGCCAGACAAUCUGGAGUCUAUAAGCACUGAAGUCCGUGUCUUUCUCUUCAUCCAUGGCGGGGCCUGGAUAGCAGGCAAUCGAGAGAGUUACUGUCGUCCGCUCUUCGACGAAUUUCUAUCACGAGGCUAUGCAGUUAUCACGGCAGACUAUCGACUUGUCCCUGAGUCAAGCUUCCAGGAACAACUCGAGGAUAUCCGUGAUCUGGAGCAGUGGAUUAGACAGGAUUUGCCCGAAGUACUCGCCAAUCGUCAGAGAGGGGUGAGAUGUGGAGACAUAAUCGUUGCAGGAGCUUCAGCAGGUGCUCAUGUUGCUCUUCUUAUUCUCGGUUCAGGUCGAAUUUUUGACAUCCAUCUUCUUCCAGCUCCCUUAUUCUUAUGUCAAAGCAUACGAUACCCGCCAGUAUAUCAGAUCAUGGGAUCUGAAGAUAGCGUCUUCGAGUGCUCACACGUCACUGAAUUUGCGGCUGCCUUGGAUGAACAAGGUGUGCCUCACGCAGAGCACAUCGUACAAGGAGCGGAUCAUGCCUUCGAGAUGUCCACCAAACCAGGCGACACUUAUCACCUGACAGUGUUCAAACCGGCUGUCGAGUGGAUUUGUCGUUACGCAUAA